UACAUAUCAUAUUUGAAGUGACACAAUCAACUCCCGGACACGGUUGGGUACGGAUUAGGGUUUUCCCUCGCAAAAUUUUUCCCUCGGGAUUUUGUCCAUUUCCGCCAGUUCCAGCGAUUUUUGGAUGAUUGUCAACGGUAAAUUUAUCAACGGACCAUCGUCAGGGAGUUAAUUCUUAUUGGUGCAAAGUGUGUCCAGUGUAAAAAUUCCAAUUAGCCGGUUCUGUUCGACGAGACCGUCUGCUCGGUGAGAACGAAUGAGCGGAGACGGCCAUUUUGAACGGCGGCUCACCUUUUCUUUGUUCCUCUCAGUGUGCCCAGUGAGCCAACGGUGCGGUGUCAUCUCCGUUUUGAGAGCUACCCGAAACAAUUUUGCAUAUUGUUGCGGUGCCGUGGUAUGCUUGCAAAGGUGCUGCUGAGUUUGAGUGAUUGUUUGUGAAGUGACAGAAACUGAAAUCUUGCCCCCCAUUGCGAUGUGAACUGUGCGAUCGAAAGUGAGAGGAAAAAUUCCGCCAAAAGUCUCAUCACCCCAGUGAGAACAACCGUUGUGAGGAGAGGGUUACAUUACGGCACCAAUACCACUGCGCAUCCAUAACUGAGCGAGCAAAUGUGUGCGUGAGACAGUGUGGUUAGAGAGAGAGAGGGAAAGAGAGAGACAACCGCAAACGGUGGCUGAGCCCACGGUACCAACACGCAUCGACGUUUAUUUACCGACGAGAGCGCGUGUAGAGCACAUCUACGCGACACAAGCACGGGACUGUAGAGCAGCAGCGCGCGAACGAACCACAACAAAUCGGAAGGAAGUCAUUGUUGUGUGGUGUGGAACAAUCUCUUCUUUUUGGUUCUUAUUGUAACUGCAAAAUCCUGCCCGCCUUCAACAGUGUGUUCUGUGUGCUGUUUUGAUUUGCCUUUUUUUUUCGAUUUGGUUGCGCUGCUUCGGUUACCCCAUCGAAAAUCGGCAUGAGUGUGUGAAUUGUCCCCGUUUGUUCCAGCAGAUCUCGGAAGCAGUAUAUUGCUGCAUGCAUUUGUUUUGUGUUGCGCUCCAAUCCUGCUAAAAAAGGCGGCCUGUGUGUCUGUUCGCCCAAAUGCGCACCAUCACCAAUGCGAACGUGACACGGCAACGAAGACCAUUCAUCAUCAUCAUCAUCAUCACCGGUGAACAGGAGCUAUGGAAGGAAUAAUUCGUUAAGGUGCUGCCGCUAAGCGUAUUUAUUCCUGUGCGGGCGGUUUUUAUGCCGGUCCGGGCAUUCUCUCACCACGCGUGUGGUCUGUGGGGAAAAGUGUAAAGGGAAAAUAAAUUCGUCGUUCCGCGGCCGGAAAAGAAGCAUCCUCCUCGAAUCACACACCCAUCCCUUUCCUGGGCGUGCGCCAGUCAGUGUAUCCAAAAGUGUGUAGCGCGCCUCCUUGGUGUGUGUGUCUGUUUUUACCGGUGUAUCCAAGGAAACGUGAAGAAAGGGCGCCAACAUGUUUGACCUAGAGGACACAAGCAUUACCGGAUUCCACGACGCGAUGAGUAAAUACAGUACUCCCAUGUCGGAUCUCUACAUCACCGACUCGAUGCAGGACAUGCUCGAUAUCGACAUCAAGUCGGAGGUGACGACGGUUGUGGGCGGUGUGAACGAAUUCGUUUCGUUGAUGAACUAUGAUCUGCCCUCGCUCGAGCUGGACAACAACUCCCUGGACGGGAACAACUUCUACUGUAGCGCAGCGUUCGGCAUUGGCAGCACCGAUCUCUACCCGGAGGUCACUACGUGUGCUAAUCCGAACUUCGUCAUGCCCGUCCCGUCGUCGUCAUCAUCGUCGUCAUCUUCAUCCUCAUCGUCAUCCUCCUCCUCCUCGAUGGGUGGAUUCCCGAACGGCAGUGUCCUGUCGUCGUCCGGCUCGUCCGCGACAUCGUCGACGAUGAGUGCCCUUGUGGCCGCCCAAUCACUGCUCAAGUCACCGAAGCAGAACAUCAAUCUCAACACGACCGUGCACGGCGAUACCAGGCACAGCUCGACCAUGGCCAGCCCGAAGGAACGCAAAAGCCAUCUUACCUUUUCGCCCAAUACGAUCAAGGUGUCGACGGUGCAGGAGGCGAAAAAGAUCUCCAGCCUGGCGCAGAUCACGCGGGUCGGCGGUACGGCAGGCACCAUCUCCUGCACGUCCCUCGCGCCAGCGACCCCGGUAGACAACGUGCGCAAAGAUCUGACCGCCCAGAUGACGUUGAAGGAGGAGAAGAUCAUCGUGCGAAACGGUGGGAUCGUGAAGAGUGCGAGCGAACACUUCGUAACUAGUAACGGCGGCGGUAGCGUAACGGUCGGUGAAGCGAUCGUCCACCGCACGUCAUCCGUUGGAUCGCCCGGCCUCGGCGUUGGGCUGGGCAAGGGUAACACCGUGAAGCUGGCCCAUGGUAUCGGUGCGCUGACCUACGCCAACAGCAUACAGUACAAGAACCUGAAGAGCAUACAGAAGGUCAGCGCGAUGGGGCUGAACGGUGUGGUGAAGCGCGAGUCUAGCCCCCAUCGGCAGCUGAACGGUGGUGCGGCCAGUCCGAAAACCUACAACCGAACCUUAAUCGUGGAUCAGAACGGCAAACCGACGGGAGGAGGUGUCGGUGUGGUCACCAUUACGCAUGGCGGCUCCCCGACUACGACGUUGGUCGCCCGUCAGAUGCAGCGAGCGAUGACACCGACCGGCCCCAAGCAGAAGCUGAUCAAGAGUGGUGGUGGAUCGCAAGGCGGCAGUGUCGAGAGCGAGUUCCCCAAACCGGCCUACUCCUACUCGUGUCUGAUCGCGAUGGCGCUGAAAAACUCCCGCUCCGGUUCGCUGCCCGUCUCCGAGAUCUACAGCUUCAUGUGCGAACACUUCCCGUACUUCAAGACAGCACCGACCGGGUGGAAAAACUCCGUCCGGCACAAUCUGUCCCUCAACAAGUGUUUCGAGAAGAUCGAAAAACCGGCCACGAACGGUGGCCAGCGGAAGGGUUGCCUGUGGGCGAUGAACCCGGCCAAGAUUACGAAGAUGGACGAGGAGGUGCAGAAGUGGUCUCGUAAGGAUCCGCUGGCCAUCCGCCGGGCGAUGGUGCAUCCCGAGCAUCUGGAGGCGCUCGAGCGGGGCGAGAUGAAGCACGGCUCGACCGGGGACGACGAUCUCGACGUGGAGGAAGACCUCGAAAGUGACGGCGGCCCGUCCGAUGUGGACGCGGAGGAGGUGGACGAGGAGGUGGUUGAGCCGGAAGAGGAGGAAGAAGAGGAAGAGAACGAGGAGGACGAGGAGGAGGAGGACGAUGAUGUGGAGUUGAUAGAGCCACCGCGCGAGACGAUCGACGUCGACGCGGAAAGCUUCAUCAUCAACACGCCGGAAUCGUUGAUCGAUGGCGAAGAGGACGGUGGCGAUCAGGUGGAUUUCGAUCUAGAGGUACCUGAUUUUUACGGAAACAUCAACGUAGACUCCAAGGACAGCACGCUCGCGCUGGAGUUGACCGAGCAGGAUCUUUUAUCGCUGGAAGAUGAAGAUGAAUCGCUUUACAUUAAUCAAGUUCAGCAACAGACGCGACUCGGUACCGUUACCGUAACGCAGCAACAGUCCCUCCAGCAGCAGCUACAUCAGCAGACGCAAAUCCACACAACGCAGCAGCAGCAGCACCAUCGACAACAGAUCCAACAGCAGCAACCGCCGGCGAAGCGUGCCCGGCUCGACAUGACCUACUCCAUUUCCCCGAACGCAAACGGUACCGCCAGCCUGGUGAACGUCAUUUCCUCCCGCCAACCGACGAUAGUGCACGGCACGGGCAACAACUCCGUCACCGUUACACCCGUCAACGGUAACAGUGUGAUGGGGCUAAGCUUUCAGCAACACUUUCAGCAGCUGCAGCAGCAGCAACUACGACAACAGCCCCAGCAGCUUCAACAAGGAACCAUCAGGCGAAAGGUGCCGAUGAUUACCCGAUUGGCUUGAAUUAACCGCGCCGGUAUGGUUUAGUCGUUUAGCUUAGGGAGUCGAACGUACACCACAUUGUUGUGUGUAUGGCACGUGGGUCUGGUAAGUGUGGCUUUCAAUUGAUGUAUGCUAUAUGAUUUAAAGAUGGAAAAUGCAUUUGUUUUCCUUUUAUGCAUACCUCUCUCAUACAAGCCGUUAAUAUACACACAGGCAGAAAGGAAGCUCUUAUUAAGCUUUAUUCGACAGCCCACUCAGUGCGUUCCGGAUGGUACAAACACACACCCACAUGCAUCGUAUAUUUUUCCGUAUUCUAUUCAGAAUUUUUCUAUGAGCAUUUUUUUCUCUUUUAUAACGUUAAAUUAUUAUCACUGCCAGAAGGAAUAUUGUGUCUUUGUGACACAGACAUACAGAGAGCAGUGAGUGCAGUCAAAAAAAUAAACCAACAACACCACAAUCACAUCCCACACACCAGCUCGAAUUACACUUUUCCGGUGGUGCUGAUGGUAAUCGUAACAGCAAUAUAAGAUUCGGUACAAACACUAUAAUACUAGAAAUAGCAUGGUAAAGUUAGAAAGGAGAAAUAAGCGAUAGUGUGAAACCUCGACCCUAGACACUGAGCGUAUACCAAGAAGGGUCCUCCAACCCAGAAUGUUGCAUCGUUGUUGUCUGUUAAAGGCAAAUGGUACUAAUCCUGAUUGCUGCAGCUUACAGCUGUGAAUACUUGUAACUUCCCCAUCGAUGGGGCAGAGCUUACACGUUGGUUUCAUAGCUGUACACCGCACACCAAAUCGAUCGGAAUCUGCCAAUGCAACAUCCUCGGUUGAAAACGAGUGUUGUACUAAACGGGACACCACGAUACAAAACUCACAUAUACCUGACCUGAGAGAAAGAGUAAAAAAAACAAAAACAAUAUGAGGUACAAUUGAAUGCGUAUUUACACCUGCACCAUCUUUCCAGUUUCGUAAGACUAGUUAGUUUGAAUACGCUGGAAUGUUUCUCGGUUUGUUGUUAUAGUUUUUAUUUUUGAGUAUCUCUCUUUAUUUUCGAACAAAAAAAAAUGAUAAGAGACAAGUCCUAUUUUCGGUACAAAACAAAAUGUAUAGCUGUAAGUGAAAAUUUUGCCUGAACAGUAUUUACCAAACGGAGUCGCGCUGUACCCGCCAUGACUCAGCUAAGAGGG